AUGCCCAACAGCCUGCAGAGCAGGCGCUCCUACUCCUUCGCAUGGCGGGCCGCCUUCGUCUUCACCGCCGCCUCCUUUGUUGCCUUGCGCUCCGACAACUCGAUGGCGAGUCAGAGCGCCUUGCCAUUCUUGCUGCGGAGGCGCCGCACAUCCGUCUCCGCCGUCGUGAGUGAGUGGCGGAGGACAACCGGACGAGGGAAGUACGAGCGAGAUCCGGCGGCCCCCAUCGGGACUGAGACCGAGGGGUCACGUCCGUCGGUCGGCGUCGGAGGGAAAGAUUGGAAAGGGGAAAGUGAUUGGAUUACGUGGGCUUUCUAUACCGAGUGCGUGCCGCGGAUUUGCCCCCGCGCGCGGCCGCGGCGGCGUGCCCCUACUCCAAUGGCGUCCUCCUACCCCAACAGGCCCAACCACCGGGGCAGCGGCGUGCACAACUACGGGGGAGGCGGCCGCGGGCACAACGGCGGGCACGGCUACGGCUACCACUACAACGGCAACGGCGGCGGGCGCGGGGGCCGGGGCGGCCACCACCACCGCUGGAACGACUACGGACGAGGCGGCCACCACGGGUACGGCUACGGAGGCGGCCACCACCAGCACCAGGGGUACGGCUACGGCGGCGGCCACCAACAGGGGUACGGCUACGGAGGCGGCCACAACGGGUACGGCGGCGGCUACGGCGGCGGCGGAGACGGGAUGUUCCACCACAACUACAGCGUCCCCGGCUACGGCGUGGGCCUGAGCCACCCGCUGCGGGCGCCGGCGCCAGCGCCAGCGCCGGCCCCGAUGCCGGUGGCGCCCGCGAGCUACCCCCACGCGCAAGGCCCCGGCUGGGUCCCGGUCCCGGUCCCGGAGGAGCAGCCGCAGCCGCGCCGGAUAAUGCUGAUGGCGCCGCGGCGCCGGCCCCCGGCCAUCCCGCCGCCGCUGCGGGCCGCGGAGGCGGCCGCGCGCGAGGUGGUGCUGCGGCUGCACCCGACGGAGGAGGCGGAGCGGCGCCGGCACAAGGUCAUCGACUACGCCAAGAACCUCAUCGGCACCACCUUCGGGUGCGAGGUGUUCCCGUUCGGGUCGGUGCCGCUGAAGACGUACCUCCCCGAUGGUGAUGUCGACAUCACCAUAAUCACGAACACCAACUUGGACGACAGCUUCGUCCAGGACGUCUGUUGUUUGCUCGCAGCCGAACAGAGCAGCGACGAUGCCGAGUUUGCGCUGAGGGACAUUCAGGUCAUCAACGCCAAGGUCAAGAUAAUCAAAUGUGUUGUCGACAACCUUGUGAUGGACAUCUCCUUCAACCAAGUCGGCGGUGUGUCCACACUGUGUUUUCUCGAGCUGGUGAACAAAGAGGUCGGGAAGGACCAUCUGUUCAAGCGGAGCAUCAUCCUGAUCAAGGCUUGGUGUUACCACGAGGGUAACAUACAUGGAUCAAACCAUUGGUUGAUGUCUACGUACGCAUUGGAGGUGUUGAUUCUGAACAUCUUCAACCUUUUCCACACCUCCAUACACGGCCCUUUGCAGGCCCUGUACAAGUUUCUGCUGUACUACAGCAAGUUUGAUUGGGACAACCAGUGCCUUACUUUAGCUGGCCCUGUCCCCCUGCGCAACGACACCGCUGGGCCUAGUGGCUCAAAUGAAGAAUUACUGCUGAGCCAGGAGCCCCUCAAGCGCUCACUGCGUAAGCUUUUUGAGCUUCCACCAGGUUCUGAUAGGCGUGACCCAGACUUACGCCUGAAGUACCUGAACAUUGUUGACCCCUUGAAGGGGGAUAACAACCUCGGCACAAGUAUCAGCGAAGCAAACUCUCGUGUCAUACGGGAUGCCUUUGCAGCUGGCGCAGAGAAGCUCGGAAAUAUUCUCAAGCUGCCUUGCGAACGUAUCGCAGAAGAAGUCUAUGUGUUUUUUACACAUACGCUGCGGAAACAUGGACGGGGUGAGAGGCAGGACCUUGGAGAAAGUGUGUCCCAAUCCAUGCCUGAUCCUGGAAAUGCACGUGCCGAAGAUGUGUCCGGCCUGGGAAUUUCUGGCAUGGAUGGAGGUGAAAAGAGAAUUCAUCGGAUCUCAGGUUCAACCAACUUCAGGAGCCACUCCGAUCUGUCCUCUUCCUCGGAGAAUGGUCACGAGGUUCCUGGUUCUAACCCUGUUAACGGGCCAAACCGGAACGGUGUCCAUCAAGAGAAGGUGCAACUUCCUCCUUUCACGCCGGUGAACCUACUGGACCUCUCGGGGCAUGUGAAUUUACACAUGAGAUGCAUACGAAGUGUUCAGUACAACUUGGAGGCCAUGCACGAUAAGCUCCUCAAGUCGGUUAUAGAGGCGUGUUCAGCAGGUGUGCUGGAUGAGGAUCGCUUUGUAGUUCCACCUCUGCGCCCUGUUCCGAGGUCAACUCCAUGCCCGCGGCCGCCUCCUUCUCUCGGCGCGGCAGUUGUUCCUCGGCAACCGAUCACUGAGUGCCAAGUUGAACCGGAAUAUCUGCCGUCGCCUCAUACCCACAUUCCACCCAACGGAUUCUCGGCCUAUCCCCCUUUUGCUGGUCCUUGGUUCCCAAACACCGAGGACAUGUCUCAGACUUAUGGAGCUGGCACUUACGUGCAUAACAUGAACUACUCGAUGCCUUUCGGAAUAGAUGCUUUCUCCAGCGGGAUGGCAUUCUAUCCAGCUAUGUGGGAUUUCCCUCAAUCACGUGGAACCGGCACAUACAUCCCCAGAACAGAUUGGAACGCCAACAGGGACAAGUCGUGGAACGAUAAGGGAAGGAUCCAAAGGCAGCGGCGAUCAGACCGGGGCUACGGAGACGGGAGACCGGAUGUUGCCUCAAGCAAUGGGCAUGUUGCCGGCGCAAGCGCAGCAGGACUGACAUCGACGGUGCGAGGCAAUCCGCACCACGGUGCCUCUUCAAGCAACAAUGAGCAGAGGUCUGAGAAUGGGUGGGUGGUGACGCAGAUGCCGCCGAGGAUCACGGUUCCUCGUCACGGCAGCGGCAGCCAGCCCUCUUCACCUGCAGUGGUGAUCACACCUGUCGUCCCGGCGGAGCAGCAUGAGAACCUGGAGUUCGGAACCAUGGGGCCUUUCUCAGUGGCUCGUCAAAACUCUGUGUUCGAUGAACAGUUCCCUGCCCUCCAUGAAACAACAAGGCAGGGACAACAAGGCCCGCAGAGGAGCCCCAGGCCAGGAGCGGGUGCAACCCCCAGGAGCUGGCCUGCAGAAGCCUCUGGGUCAGCAGUGCAGAGCCCUAGGCCCGGUGUGAGCCAAAGCUGGCCCAACAUGCCGGUACAUAGCCCCAGGCCUGUUGUGCGUACAAUCCAGAGCUGGCCCCACAUGCCAUCCCCCAGGCCUGGUGUGGGUGCGACCCAGAACGGGCCCGUAGGAUCCCCCGCUGCCUCCACAUCGCAGAGCCCUCGGCCCAGUACCGGUGCAGCCGAAAACAGGGCGUCCGGGCCUUACCAGCUGCAAGACGACGCUGACUUCCCUCCCCUGCAGACCGAGAACCCGUACGAUGCUGACUUCCCUCCUCUCCAAGCUGCGGCCCGCCGCUGACAUGGUAGAGUUGAGAUGACAUACAACUAAUCGUGACGGUGCAAGGGGAGAGCUUAACUUCAUGACUUGGUUGAGGGGAUGGUGUGCUCGAGGAGAUGGAGCGGGAUUUUCGUCCGGCGGCAUAAACAAACAAUUUGGAUCGAUGCUAUUCGUGGUGAUAGCAUGUUUAUCUGUCUGUUGUAAAAACUCUCAUAAUUCCGGUACUUUUUAUCGCUGUUGUUAAUUAUCUGUAGUGUAGAAGAGGGCGGCCUCUAGUGCAGUGCAAUGCGAGCGCUGGCUGCACCCUCCGUAGCUUUAUAUAUGCAUAACCCAAAAUAUUUAGCAAAAAUAGAAAAUGACAAAAAAAUGUAGCCUUUGUAGAUUAGACAUUUAGCAUUUAUCAAAAAAGAAGAAGAAAAAGUAGUUAGAAAACAA